GCGGGGGUGUGAGAGGCGGGGGCAGGGGAGGUGGUAGUCACUGUACCUCCUGCACCUCCUGGCCAGGACACCUUCCCUCCACAGUGGGACCAUGUGAUAGCAUCACUCAAGGGACCUGAGGUGUUGGCCAGUCUACAAGAGUUGGACCAGAUGAGUGUGCGCCGGCCGGCGUUGCUGGCGCCCGCAGUGGCAGUGCUGGGUGAGCUGAUCACUGCGCCGGGCAGCAACGUGCGUGCUCUCGCCCACGGUCUGCUGGCACGGCACCUGCGGUACGCGCCACACACGGCACUGCAGUUGAUGCCAGCGUAUCUCACGGCACUACAGAGCGGACAGGUGGAGGUGGUCAGCUCAGUACUGGACAGACUACAUGAGGUGGUCGUCUGCUCACAAGAAGUAGCAGUUCCUCUACUAGAGACAGUGUUCAGCCUAGGAUUGACUCACAACAUGAACACACUACAAUGUAUCACCAAGUCUUUGGCUCUACUUAACCUACAGACUGGCUGUUGAAUAUCUGUAAUUUAGUAUGUUUAAAAAAGGGGAAGACUGUAUUCAUUUAAUUAGAUA